UUUAACGUUCUAGUGAGGCAAGUUUGAAUAUUUCUUGUUUUGGCAAGUGUCUAUCUGGGUGAAGCGUUGUUAUUGUAAAUCGUUCCAGAUAAGGACAGGAAUUGCAGGAGGGAUUUAUACAUACGGUUUUCCCCCGAAAUGUCUUUCCCAAGGGCUCCGAUAAAGCGAUUCAAUGAGCAGAUUGGGUGUGCUCCUCCUCCUGGAACCUACGAAGUCAAGCUCGUUGAAUCCGGAUCAAAGGGAGCAGUGUCCUUUCAGAAGUCUGAUCGCUUUAAGACUAAUAAAGAUGCAUGUCAGCCGUCUACUGGGAUGGAAAAGAUGACAUCUCCCAUGCGACGAACGUGGUCUGCCGACGGCCUUUCUGGUGUAGGAAGCCAGAAAAAAGAGAAGCAAGCUCUUCUAAAGGAGAUGAAACAACACAAACUGCUGGAGAAAGAGAUUCGCUCACUGGUCCAACAACGGGGCGAGCAAGACAAGAGGCUCCAAGCCUUAGAAGAAGAGCUGAGGAAAGUGGAAGCAAAGCUGGUGGCUGCCAUGCGAGAGAAGACGGGGCUUGCAGCCACAGUAGCGUCUCUCGAAAGACAACUUGCAGAUUUAAAAAAGGCAAAUGAUUUGCUGAAAACAAAGUUUUCCGAGGAUGGCACUAAAAAGAAAAUGAAUGCCCUCUCCAUGGAAAUACUGGAAUCAAAGAAUAAGAUAGAUGCAAAAGUUAAGGAGCUUGGCUAUAUGCAGAUUAAUUUUGAAGGACAGAUUAAAGUGUUGGAAACUGACUUGGUAGCUUCCAGAGCCACGGUGGAGGCAGUUAAAGAGAGGAAUAAGGCCCUAGAGGAUCUGCACCAGGAAGCAAAAAUGCACAAUGAGGAACUUGAAAAAGAAGUGGACAGGCUGCAUGCACUUAUACAGGAGCUGAGGAAAGAGAUCCAAGUCUUGGAGGGUUACCUGGAUAAUGCUAAUGAUGAAAUUCAGGAGCUCCGCCUAAAAGAUAGUCAAAGGGAAAAAGAGUUUGAGGAUCAACUCCAGCUGACUGCUGCUGCGUCUGAAGAAAAAAGGCAUAUGAUGAAGAAGCUAGAAGAAGCUGCAAAAGAACUCCAGGGUUCUCAAGACCAUUUGAAAGAACUCCGCAAUAAAGUUGAGCUACUUCAAGACAAAUUAUCCAAAACUGAGAAUGACAGAGAGCAAGUUUCACUGGAGAAAGCUGAAACUGAACAAAAUCUAUCAGCUUGCGUAGCUAAACUAGGUGAGCUUGAUGAGCAGCUGGAGAAGCAUAAAGAAGAUGUAGCCAAUGUGCAAAGCAAACUAGAAGCUAAAGAACAAGAGGUCAUCGAGUUGAAGGAGCUCCUUAAAACCACAGAGGAGGAACUAACCCAACAAUUCAAAGAUCUUGAAGAUAAAUACCAGCGUCUAGAAAAGGAGAAAGCUGUGAAAGAGGAAGAAAGCCAAAAGCAAAAGGAUGACUUGAAAGUUGAAGUCAAGGCUUUGGAAGAAAAGCUAAUGAAAGGAGAGUUGGAGCACCAGAAUCUUCAGGAGUCGCACAAAGAACUCCUUGCACUCUAUGAAGAGGAAAAGGAGAAGUCCAGCUCCCUGCAUGAGUUGCUGGAGGGGCUGCAGACGGAAACGCAGGCGGAGAGGAGCCAGCUGGAGACUGAGCUGGAGGAGGCCCUGGACGAGCUCGGUCAGAUGGAGACAAAGGAGAUGCACAGCGAAGAGCUCAUUCGACACCUGGAAGAGGAAAACCAGCAGAGAACUCAGGCCGUCCUUGACAUUGAAUCUCAGCUAAACAGGAAGAACAAAGAAAUUGAAGAGAUGAUUGAGAGUCACAAGCUGGCCAUGACAAAACUCAGAGAGGAUCACAGCAACUCGUUGAGGAAGAUUGGAGAUAUGGCAACAGAACUUGAGAGCACAAAAAAAUCGAUGUCUGAAGAAAUGAGACUCCUUGAAGUUAGAAGCUGUACACUAGAGGAGAAAGUGUUGAAGGUGACACAACAGCUGGAAGAAGAACAUAAGCUUCUUGUUGAAGCUGAGCAAUCCAGGAACAAGGCCAAGGAGGAGUAUGCAAGAAUGUUACUCGAUGCCCAAACUAAACUAGCCCAGAAGGACUCCGAGCUCCGCAAAUCACAAGAGUGUCAUUCUUUGGAAAUGAUGCAGCUCCAAGAAAAGAUGGAACGUCAGAAUAUUGAGUUCCAAAAAGAGCUCAAAGAAGUGGAGGAGCGAAGUUCAAGCGUAGUGACAACGUCAGAAGUUGAGCACUGGAAAAAGCUUUAUGAAGAACUAUAUGCUAAAGUCAAACCUUUUCAGCAACAGCUCGAUGGCUUUGAAGCAGAGAGAAAAGCCCUCUUGAAUGAAAAUGGAGCUGCCCAAGAAGAGCUGAACAAACUUGCUGAUGCCUACGCUCAACUUCUGGGCCACCAGAACCAAAGACAAAAAAUCAAGCAUGUGGUGAAGCUGAAAGAAGAAAACUUUAAUCUGAAGCAGGAAGUCUCAAAACUGAGGAACCAAAUGGCAAAACAGAAAAAAGAAAUGGAGCAACUUAAACAUAACCAGGGACACAAGAGAUUUGAUCCUUCUAAAGCCUUCAAGCAUGAUAGUAAAGAAAAUGGCCCUCCUAUCACUCCUCUUAAAGAAGGUAAUCGGAAUAUGCUUUAAGCCUUAUGGACAUCUGUCACUUUUACAAAUAGCAGAAGAAACGUCUGGCUUUUUAACUGAUGUAUUUUUAGCUGUCCAGUUUUCUGUAAUAAACUUAAGCUGUUUUUGUACACUUAA